GAAACUGAAGCGAAUAACCUUUACGUGCCGAGUUGGUCAAUUGUGCCAAGUACUGUGCAUGCACAUGCACUACGUACACGCAACAAAUCUGUUGUCAUGGAUAGUUUUGGUGUUUCACUUUUUAUGUCGGACCGAUUCCAUGUGCCCCGGCUCCACCUGGGGAAUGCUUCGGUCGGCCUUUAGUGCACUCUCAUCCAUCGCCGUUUAUUCCUUGAAGCCGAGGCCUGAGCCCUCACUUGAUUCAUAUAAAAGCUUCUGUUUGAUGUAUCUUUGGGCGUUACUUGCAAGACCCUCAGCAUACCAUGCAUUCUACUCAUGCAAUGGUCUCUGAGCAAGGUACACAAGAUCCUCCUCACAUCGCACUUGAACUUGGAAGUCCAGUCGUAGCUUUCUACGAUGUAAUCAAGACAGACAUCGAACACGCCACUGUAGAGGAUGAUCCUUUAAGAUGGGGCAAUGCGCGCAAGACUGCUAUUCUAAUUAUUGUUUCAGCUGGUUCCCUGAUCGCAGGGCUAGCCGUCAGUAUACAGAAUCCUGCAAAUGCUCAAAUCCAGAGUGACCUACAGGCAUCUGCAUCGGAAAUAAGUUGGACGUUAUCGGUUUUUAUUCUUAUUCAGGGAGUCCCCGGACUUUUAUGGAGUGCUAUCAGUGAAAUAAAAGGACGCAAGUUUGUCUAUGUAUCAUCUGUAGCAUUGUUUAUGGUCACCUCUGCUAUUGUCGCUGCGUCCAAAACUAUUGGUCUGGUGAUUGGAAUGAGAGCCCUUCAAGCUGUUGGCUCGAGCGCACUCCUAUCCAUUGCCGCAGCCACACUAGCAGAUAUCUAUGAACCCCAUGAGCGAGGUACUAAAAUGGGCAUAUAUUAUUCUGCUCCUCUCUUGGGGCCUGCGUUGGGCCCGGUUUUGGGUGGCGUGCUGACACAGAGCUUGGGCUGGCGCUCGGUCUUCUGGUUCAUCACUAUUUGCGCUGGAGUUGUUCUCUUUGCUCUGGUUUUCGUAUUCAAAGAUACGUUCAGGAAGGAACGUAGUCUGGCAUAUCAGAAUGUCCUACAACUACGGGCAAAGGAGGGGGAGCUACAACACCAACACUUGGAUAAAUCCAGUCAUGCCUUUUCUGCCACUGACAAGCCUGCACAAGCUGCGCUAGAAAGCAUAGCUUCCCCGCAGCAAAUGGGAAAUCUCGAUGUCGACCCGAAUGGUCGCACCGUUGAACCUGCUACAAAUAUGAAAGAUGUCAACGUGUCGCUCGCAGAUGUCAAUCCCUUCCCUCCACUUCGGAAGAUUCUUACACGCUUAAAUAAUCUCGUAAUACUGUUUGCUUCCGGUUUGAUAUUCGCUUUCAGCUACAGUAUUUCAUAUACCUGUUCGAGAACAUUGUCCGAACACUACGGUUAUAACGCUCUCCAGAUUGGAUUGGUUCUACUCUCGUAUGGAAUAGGCUCUGUAUGCGGGUGUUUGCUUGGUGGCCGCUGGUCUGACCGAACAGUCGCUAGGUUGAAGCAAGAGAAUGGAGGCAACAGCUACCCCGAGAUGCGAUUGGCCAGCACCCGACCCGCCAUGUGGUUCUUACCACCAGUUGUAAUCGGAUAUGCAUGGGUUUGCGAAAAGCACACUCACAUCGCGGCAAUCUGUAUUAUGCUCUGUCUCGCUGGAUUUCUCUCGACAUGGGUCUACGCAAGCACCCUGACAUACAUCGUGGACGCUAACCCAGGCCGCUCAUCCACGGUUGUUGCCACAAAUAGCGUAUUUCGCUGUGUCUUUGCGUUCGUUGCCAUUGAAGUGGCUAUUCCGAUUCAGGCUGCUAUUGGCGAUGGUGGUUUGUAUACUCUCUGGGGCGGUAUUAUGGUAAUAAUGGAAAUCUUGACACUAGCUGUCUUUUAUAAGGGCAAGAAAUGGCGAGAGGCAUGCGAGGAGAGAGACAAGCGAGAAUCGCAACAACCUUGAUCAAGUACGCUCAAAGUGCUUUUGACACUGCUACUCGAAAACGUUACAUCAAGGACCCAGUUGUUUAUAUCCAUAUAAUAUCAGACUCGUUUAUUGACACAUUACUUAACUGAAUUGUACAUACUCGAAGUACUACUGCAAUCAAAUUCCAGUGAGGGUCAGAUCA